CAGACUACAUCAAUCAAAUUAGUACGUAACUCUUUUGGAAAUGGAAAAGUUAACUACUCUUUUGCUGAUUCUCUUCAGCAUAGCCUUAGGUGCCAACGCACAGCAAUGCGGCAGGCAAAAGGGCGGAGCCUUAUGCAGCGGAAACUUGUGUUGCAGCCAAUAUGGGUGGUGCGGAUCGACACCCGAGUACUGCUCACCUAGCCAAGGCUGCCAGAGUCGCUGCAGUGGCGAUGGCGGUGGUGGUGGUGAAAGUGCGCAAAAUGUUCGUGCAACAUAUCAUAUAUAUAACCCGCAGAAUGUUGGGUGGGACUUGAUGGCCGUUAGUGCAUACUGUUCAACUUGGGAUGCUAAUAAGCCUUUGGCGUGGCGGAACAAGUAUGGUUGGACUGCUUUCUGUGGACCUGUUGGACCUCGUGGCCGAGACUCAUGCGGCAGGUGCUUAAGGGUGACAAAUACACGCACAGGAGCUCAAACGACAGUGAGAAUCGUGGAUCAAUGCAGUAACGGUGGAUUAGACUUAGACAUCAACGUUUUCCGACAGAUCGACACAGAUGGAGUAGGAAAUCAACAAGGCCAUCUUAUUGUGAACUACCAGUUUGUUGAUUGUGGUGAUAAUUAGAAUGUUCCUCCGCUAUCUGUAGCUGAUACAGCAUCAUGAGAAGCCAUAUAUGGCCAUGUUUAUUCUGAUGAGUAUAAAAUUCAUCUUUGAUCACCCAAAUAAAUGUAAAAGUACGAAAUGAAAUAAAUAAAGUUAAGACUUGUUUGAAGCUUGA